CUCACAUGUUGCUAUCAUUUAACAAUCAUACAGGAGAGAAUCCCUGUCUCUGUGUCUCUUGUCUCAGAGCCCAUCACAAAAAGAUUUAUCUCCUCAAACCACAAACUGUAACUCAGCUGUUUCUACAUAGCAUUAUCCUCAGCUUAGAUCUGAAAAGAUGUAUCGUGGUCUAGUGUUAAUGUUCUUGGUUUUGGUGCUGGAAACCCGAUGGAGUGAGUCGAGCUGUCAGCAGUCAGAGUCUCAUAGAUCAGUUUCAGGCGAGAGUCCAAGUUUUCGGCUGUCGCCUCAUAACAUGCUGAAGAGGUAUAAUGACAUAGAAUAUGACAGUUUCGUCGGAUUAAUGGGGCGAAGGAACGUCGACACAGAUGAUAUACCACCUCAGCGUAAAAGGGAAAUGCAGGAUAUAUUUGUUGGACUCAUGGGUCGACGAAACGCUGACCCUGAAACUGGGCGACCGUGGAGGAAAGAGGAUCCAGAAUCAGGCGCAAGAGGAGGCAACUUCUUCAACAAAUGCAAACUGAGGUUUCGUCGUGGGUUAUAGGCAAAUGAAUUAUUCCAUAUCCAGUGAAUCAUCUAUCCCACCCUUUCAUGACAUUUCUUUUGAGCAACAACAGAAAGUCAUAAUUUAUUUUACAAAAGUUAUAGAGCAAAAUAAAAUAUUUAUAUAAGAUGAAUCAAAUAAACAUAAUUUCUUAUGGUG